AUGACAAUUCAGAACACGAGCAACGGCAGCGACGGAGAAGAGAGGCAGUAUGUGUGGCUUGUUCGGUAUGGGUUGACUGAGUAUCCGUUGGUCGAGAGUGUGGGUCCCUUUGACAGUGACAUUGACCCUACGGUAGGAAUCGAGCAUGCCAACAGUAUUGCCACUCGGAUGACUCAGAGUGGCGCUUCGGCUCCCGCUGUGGUGUAUGCGUCUCCAUUUUUGCGGACGGUUCACACGGCUCACAUUAUUGCCCAAAAGGCCAACGGCGCGGCAGUGAGGAUUGAAGAAGGUCUGACCGAAUGGCAAGUGCCAUCGCUGCUCGUGACACCGGAUGGCACACACACGCAUCCCCAAACGGCGGCUACACAUGUCACAAAAUUUCCGUUGGUCGAUGCGACCUAUCAGUCGGUCAAUGCAGCGUCGUCUACGGGCGCAGAGGGAUCUCCUCACUUUCCCGAAACCGAGGAGAAUUUGGUGGUCCGAUGUGCCGCGACACUGGACAAACUACUAGGAGACACUACUAGUGAAAACCAAAACAUGGCCAUUGUCAGUCAUGCUCCUUGUAACAUUGCCCUGGCUCUGCAUUUGGAAGGAUCUUCCUUGAAAGAGUCCAAGCGGGAGCCGUGGCCGUUGGGAGGUCUCACGCUGUUCUCGAGACCAAUGCAAGGUGGUCCUUGGAGGUUGGAAUUUUACGGUUGUUCGGAUCACAUGCCCGGAGAGUACAAGGCUGGACUCAAACGAUGGACGUUGCCUUCUCUACAAAACUAG